CGUUACAGAUCGAAGAUGGCGGCUAUGUGCAGGGGUACUCUGAGACAGAGCGCUAACAGAGCGGCGUUUCGGGCAUUACGGGGCAGUAGCAGGAGUUUCUUGACUCUCUGUGGUGGUACUAUCCAACAAAAGACUGAAGAAAAUCAAGAUCAACUGGACUCUGCCAAUACUCUCAAGUGUGGUGCUGAAAAUGCAAUGCAACACAAGACUUCUCCUAGUCCAUGUGCUAGUCAAAAAAAGCUGCAACUUAAAAUGAACGAGUUAGUUAAAGAACAUCAGGCCCUGCAGGAGAAAUAUCUGAGAAUUGUAGCUCGUGUUGAAAAUGACAAUAGAAGAAUCAGAAAGUGUGUUGAAGAUGCCAGAUUAUAUGGUAUUCAUAGUUUUUGUAAAGAUGUUCUAACAGUGGCUGAUCUCCUGGAGAAGACGACUCAGAGCAUAACUGAGGAGGACCUUGCUAACUCUAGUCCACCUUUUAAGAACUUCUAUGAAGGUGUGCGCUUGAUUGAUGAGAAGCUGUGCAAAAUAUUUUCCAAGCAUGGAUUGGAGAAGAUGAAUUCCAUUGGCCUUGAAUAUAACUCAGCUGAACACGAAAUUGUGUCACGUGUUCCAUCUGUGGAUGCAUUACCUGGUACUGUGGUAAAAAUAGUAAAAGAAGGGUAUAAACUUCAUGGCAGGAUUCUAAGGACUGCACAAGUUGGUUUGGCCAUUGAGGCCCAGCCACAUUUUAAGGCACAGUAGAUUGUAUGAUCUUAGAAUUAAUUUAUGAAAAAUAUCCUUUUCAUUAUGAUGGUUAGCUAUAGCAUUAAUAGCAUUAAGUUGAUGCUAAGAUUUUACAAUGAAGGUGAGUGUGAUGCAGAAACAUGACAUCAAGUGCAUUUUCACAUGUCCAAUCAAAUCUGUUGACAUGCCUAUUGUACUGAAAGCUCAAGGCAAGAUAGAGAUCUAGUUUGUCUAACACUGCCAAAGAACUGAGUUGCCUCCAUCCAACUAAAUAAAAAGGAAAUUGUAAUGGCUGUGCCUCUGAUCCAAUCAGUAGUUGUGCCAUGAAAGUUUGUGGUCUGUGCUAAGAUUACAAAUUCUUUUCAGUUGUCACAACUUGCCACCGUGCUUUUUUUUUAAAUAUGUGAAGUGUCUUGAAUUCCCAUUCCUGGCUACUACUAUUAUCUCCUUGUGUGAAUUGAUGGGACAGGAUUGGAAUCAACAAACAAUUGGGUAAUUUGCAAUUACAAUAUAGCAAGACUUGCAGUAACUCUACAAUUAUACAUCCUACUGUAGUUUUCCAUCAGACUGAGUCUUAAUGAGGCUGGGGGAAAAGCAGAAAUCUGGAGAGCACUAAAAUCUUAAAAGGAUUAAACAAUCCUAUGUAACUGUCUUCCAGAACUCUGGUUAAGAUUGGGUUGUUGCUGUAUGGAUUUUUUUAUUUUACUUCUUGAAAUAUAUUUUUGAAUGAUUGACUGACUGAAUUCAAUUAUUUCAUUGUGCAAGGCUUCCUUUUUAUAUCUGUGACAUUUUGUCCUCUUGGUUUAACUGGCAACAGUUUAAUCAAGAAUUGGUGAAAGUAUCCCUGUACAUAGAAUCCUGUUACCUUUUUUUUAAUUUUGGAGUGUUAGACUGAGCUGACUAGUUUUGAUUACUUGUUUCUGAAAUUAUUUUGUACAAGUCUAUGCUGAAAUUGUGUUCAAUGAACAAAAUAGUAUGUUAUUUAUUACAGUAUAAAACUGUAAAUCUAUUUAUAACAUACCACGUGCAGAUUUUAUUUUUUGCAAUCUGUAGUGCAAGUAUGCUAGUGAAAAUUGUAAUAUAUUUGUUUCUGUAUUUUACUGUUGUGAACUAAAAAUGUAUGUCAUGCCCAAAGUCCUUUUUUAUGUUGUA